AUCCUGCUCGCAGAAUCCACCUGGAAGGAGACGCGCUCAACUUGGACCGAGUGAGAAUAUUGAAGGAUCCCACCUGAUCUCAUCUGAUCUGAUCUCAUCCGCGUUGACGAUGAAGGAGCGCGCGUCGCCUCAAGCAUUAUGGUGAAACAGCCACUCCUCUGUAGAGAUGCUCACCAGAUCAGACCAGUCCCUCUCCCUCUCCCUCACGCCCAAACGCCAUUCUCCAUCCAGCUGUGGUCCAGAUGGAGACAGGCACAUCCAGUCCUCCCUGUCCCUCCCCGAGCCUGAGCCCUGGAGGAGACCCAGCUCCACCACCCGCCCCGGCCUGGCUCAAGGAGCCCGCUCCAGCUCCCUGCAGGUCCCUCAUGCUGUCCCUGAGCACCUGGGGCUGCCCCCUCGGGCAGCCAGCUUUGAUGUGCCUCGUGGUCAGGACGAUGGCUCGUCCGAUCAGGGCUCAGGGUCUCUGAGCCCCCACGGCAUGCAGCGGCGGCGGGGAGGACUCGUGGAGCAGAAGGACAUCAUCAUGGCGCACCAGGCGCACAAAAUCCAGAGCACGCCGCAGGCCCGCAGGAAGGAGUGGGAAAUGGCUCGGUUUGGAGACGAGUCCGCUCCCGACGCGGCGGACGCCGGGGAUGGGGACUUGGAGCGCGGCGGCAGCGGGGACGGCCAGGACGCAGCGGCGGCGCAACUCACGGCUUCUAUGAAACAAGCCAAGGCGCAGCGGGCCCGGACCAUGGCUCUGUACAACCCCGUCCCCCACCGGCAGAACUGCCUCACCGUCAACAGGUCGCUCUUCAUAUUCGCAGAGGACAACAUCAUUAGGAAAUACGCACGGCGAAUCAUUGAAUGGCCACCGUUUGAGUACAUGAUCCUGGCCACCAUCACCGCCAACUGUGUUGUCCUGGCCUUGGAGCAGCAUCUCCCCGGAGAGGAUAAGACCCCCAUGGCAAAGAGACUGGAGAAGACAGAGCCAUACUUCAUUGGGAUCUUCUGCUUCGAAGCGGGGAUCAAACUGGUGGCUCUUGGUUUUGUUUUCCAUAAAGGCUCCUACCUGAGGAACGGCUGGAACGUCAUGGACUUCAUAGUUGUGCUCAGCGGGAUCUUGGCCACUGCUGGUGCUCACAUGAACAUCCCAGUCGACCUUCGGACUCUGAGGGCCGUGCGAGUGCUGAGACCUCUCAAGCUUGUGUCCGGGAUCCCCAGCCUGCAGAUUGUGCUGAAGUCCAUCAUGAAGGCGAUGAUCCCGCUGCUCCAGAUCGGCCUUCUUUUGUUCUUCGCCAUCCUCAUGUUCGCCAUCAUCGGUCUGGAGUUCUACAGCGGGAAGCUUCAUCACACCUGCCUGCCAUCUGUGGAUAUCCUCGGUGCGGUCCACGCACACACUGCUCACAAAUCUCUUUCAUUUCUAAAGCCAAAAGACAAUGAGACUGUUGACUCGUCGGAGUUGGCGUUCGCCUGCGGAGUCAGGAAGUGUCCAGAGAGGUACGACUGCAACGACACCUGGAUCGGGCCCAACGACGGCAUCACGCAGUUUGACAACAUCCUGUUCGCUGUACUCACCGUAUUCCAGUGUAUUACCAUGGAGGGAUGGACGGCCGUGCUCUACAACACCAACGAUGCCUUGGGUCCCACGUGGAACUGGAUUUACUUCAUUCCUCUCAUCAUUAUCGGCUCGUUCUUUGUGCUGAACCUGGUGUUGGGUGUCCUCUCGGGAGAGUUCGCCAAGGAGAGGGAGAGGGUGGAGAACAGACGGGCCUUCAUGAAGCUACGCCGGCAGCAGCAGGUGGAGCGAGAACUGAAUGGCUACCGAGCCUGGAUAGACAGGGCAGAGGAGGUAAUGCUGGCAGAGGAGAAUAAAAAUUCAGGGAGAUCGCCGUUAGACGUGCUGAAGAGAGCGAGUAAGAAGACCGGUGCACGGAGAGGAGCGCCAGGGGACGAGAAGUUUACAGACACGUCUACAGCCAGUAUGUCACGAUCGAGGAUGAACUUCCGCAGCGGCCGGCGUGGCCCCGCUGCCUACCUGCGCCGCAAAGAGCGCAUGCUGCGCAUCUCCAUCCGCCGGAUGGUGAAGACGGACACUUUCUACCUGAUGGUGCUCAGCCUGGUGGCUCUCAACACCAUCUGUGUGGCCAUCGUCCACCACAACCAGCCCGACUGGCUGACCAUCUUCCUCUACUAUGCAGAGUUUGUUUUCCUGGGGCUGUUUUUGGCUGAGAUGUUUUUGAAAAUGUAUGGCCUGGGUUUCCGGCUCUACUUCCAUUCAUCUUUCAACUGCUUCGACUGUGGGGUCAUCGUCGGCAGCAUCUUCGAGGUGGUUUGGGGCUUCUUCAGGCCGGGCAUGUCAUUUGGCAUCAGUGUGCUGAGGGCGCUGAGACUUCUGAGAAUUUUCAAGAUCACUAAAUACUGGGCCUCUCUCAGGAACCUGGUUGUGUCCCUCAUGAGCUCCAUGAAGUCCAUCAUCAGCCUGCUGUUCCUUCUCUUUCUGUUCAUCGUGGUGUUUGCUCUGCUGGGGAUGCAGCUGUUUGGAGGGAGGUUCAUCUUUGAAGAUUACACUCCCACCAACUUUGACACAUUUCCAGCUGCCAUCAUGACAGUGUUUCAGAUUUUGACGGGUGAGGACUGGAACGAGGUGAUGUACAACGGGAUCCGUUCGCAGGGUGGAGUCCAGUAUGGCAUGUGGUCAUCGAUCUACUUCAUAGUGCUCACCUUGUUUGGAAACUACACACUGCUGAAUGUCUUCUUGGCCAUCGCUGUGGAUAAUCUGGCCAACGCACAGGAACUGACAAAGGAUGAAGAGGAGGAAGAGGAGUUCUUCAACCAGAGAUAUGCCAGAGGCAGAGACGGCCUGAUAUCUGAUGGGAGGAGGAGACCCUACCUCUACAGGAAGCGAGCCAUCCACCGAGGCCGACCGACCUUCCCAGACGAACCCGAGGGUCCAGCAGGGGCAGCGGAAGAACAGCCUAUCAGUAACACCAAGGCCUUCUCCAACCGCCGUGAGAGGAGGAGAAAGGUCAACAUGUCUGUGUGGGAGCAGAGAGCCAACCAGCUACGCAAGCGACGCCAGAUGGCGAGCAGAGAGGAGCUGUUUGCCAGCCCUACGGAGGACACCGCCGAAACUCCAACCACCACCCACCAUGCCACCACUCUCUCCCCAGAGGCCAGCCCGGCUCAUCUGCCUGAAUCUCCCAUGUCUGUGGGGAUGCCCCUCCCCGAGCCCCCGAUGUCCAUCUCCAUCCCCAUCCCCGAGCCUCCUGAGGCAGAGCCUCUGGUCAACCUGAGCGAAGAGAAAACAGGAGGAGCCAACCACAGGAACGCAGGCGGCGGCAGGCACAGGAUGGCCCGCAAGUUCAGACCCAGUCAGGGGCCAGAGGAAGGGGCGCGACACAGACGGCACCGCCACCGUGAAGCUCGUCCUGAAGCCAAGAGUCUGGACAUUGCCCAGGCGCCGCAUGAGGUGCCGCUAGUCAGACGCUCGCUCAGCCAGGAGAGGAAGAUACUGGACGAGAGAGAGGAGAAGGAAGACAGAGAGGAGAGGGAGAAAACAGAAGGAGAGGGAGGAUCAGUCCAAGAUGAUGGAACAUGCAUCGUCAACCCGUACGCAGAAGUGGGAGAAGAUUACAGGAGAGCUGGUGGCGACAUUCCCGACCCUCCUCAAUGUGAGCAGCUGCUGGACUGUACCUGGUCCGAGCAGGGUGGUGGGCACUCCGACCAGUACGACGGCCAAAACGUCCCAGUGGAAGCCGCCUUGGAGGCCACAGAGUCCACUGUGAGGGCCAUCGAGUCUGAGAGCCGCCCGGUCUCCAUCAAACGUAACAAGUCCAACCUGGAGGGCAGCGUGGCAAUUGAAAUGUCCGCACAACCGCUGCUGGAGCUCACACCCAUGACAGGGAACAGUAAGGAGUUGGAGGCAUACAGCUCUGACCAGAGAGACGAUGAGACAGAGGAGGAGGAAGUUGCUCCCACUCCUCCCAAACGUGUUGCUCCAGACAGCAUGUUCAUAUUCAAGUCAUCCAACCCUAUCAGGAGGAUCUGCCACUAUGUGGUCACUCUGCGCUACUUCGAGAUGACCAUCCUCCUUGUGAUCGUGGCGAGCAGCAUUGCGCUGGCUGCUGAGGACCCAGUGUGCACCAAUUCAGACAGAAACAAGGUCCUGCGUUAUUUCGAUUAUGUCUUCACGGGAGUGUUCACCUUUGAAAUGAUCAUCAAGAUGAUAGACCAGGGUCUCAUUCUGCACGAUGGCUCCUACUUCCGAGACAUGUGGAACAUCCUGGACUUCAUUGUGGUGGUGGGAGCUCUGAUUGCCUUCGCUCUAACGAAUGUGAUGGGAAACAACAAAGGCCGAGACAUCAAGACAAUAAAGUCCCUCCGAGUUCUGAGAGUUCUGCGGCCUCUGAAAACCAUCAAGAGGCUUCCUAAACUCAAGGCUGUUUUCGACUGUGUGGUCACAUCUCUGAAGAACGUCUUCAACAUCCUCAUUGUGUAUCAGCUCUUUAUGUUCAUCUUCGCUGUCAUCGCGGUGCAGCUCUUCAAGGGGAAGUUUUUCUACUGCACUGACAGCUCCAUGAAUACAGAGAAAGAAUGCCAAGGCUACUACAUUGACUACACCAGAGACAAAAAGGAAGUGAAGAGGAGAGAGUGGCGGCGACACGAGUUUCACUACGACAAUGUGUGCUGGGCCCUGCUCACACUCUUCACCGUCUCGACAGGGGAGGGAUGGCCUCAGGUGCUGCAGCACUCUACCGACGUCACAGAGGAAAACAUGGGGCCGAGUCGAGGGAACCGGAUGGAGAUGUCCGUUUUCUACGUGGUGUACUUUGUGGUCUUCCCAUUCUUCUUCGUCAACAUCUUCGUGGCUUUGAUCAUCAUCACCUUCCAGGAGCAGGGCGACAAGAUGAUCCAGGAGUGCAGUCUGGAGAAGAACGAGAGGGCGUGCAUUGACUUUGCCAUCAGCGCCAAGCCGAUGACCCGCUACAUGCCCCAGAACAGGCAGACCUUCCAGUACAGGCUGUGGCACUUUGUGGCGUCGCCCUCUUUCGAGUACACGGUGCUCAUCAUGAUCGCUCUGAACACUGUGGUCCUCAUGAUGAAGUACUACUCGGCCCCGGCAGCCUACGACACCGUCCUGAAACACCUCAACACAGCCUUCACUGUCCUCUUCUCCCUGGAGUGUAUACUCAAGAUCAUGGCUUUUGGUUUAGUGAACUACUUUCGAGAUACUUGGAAUAUUUUUGAUUUCAUCACUGUUCUUGGCAGCAUCACCGAGAUAAUUGUGGAUUUACAGUCGGUGAACACCAUCAACAUGAGUUUCCUGAAGCUUUUCCGAGCGGCCAGGUUGAUCAAGCUGCUGAGGCAGGGUUACACCAUCCGCAUACUGCUGUGGACCUUCGUGCAAUCUUUCAAGGCUCUUCCUUACGUCUGUCUUCUCAUCGCUAUGCUUUUCUUCAUAUACGCCAUAAUUGGAAUGCAGGUGUUUGGAAACAUCAAGCUGAAUGAUGAGAGCCACAUCAAUCAACACAACAAUUUUAAGACCUUUUUCAGCGCACUGAUGCUGCUCUUCAGGAGUGCGACAGGGGAGUCCUGGCAGGAGAUCAUGCUUUCAUGUCUGUCAGGUCAGGAGUGUGAACCGGACCCCUCCAUCUCCCCCCUCACCACGUCUCCGGACCACUUAGGCGGCUGUGGGACCGACUUCGCUUACUGCUACUUCGUCUCAUUCAUCUUCUUCAGCUCCUUCCUGAUGCUGAAUCUGUUUGUGGCUGUGAUCAUGGAUAACUUUGAGUACCUCACACGAGACUCCUCCAUCCUCGGUCCGCAUCACCUGGACGAGUUUGUUCGCAUCUGGGGGGAAUACGAUCGUCUGGCAUGUGGUCGUAUCCACUACACUGCCAUGUACGAGAUGUUGACGCACAUGUCUCCUCCGCUGGGCCUGGGCAAAAAAUGUCCUGCAAAGAUCGCCUAUAAGAGGUUGGUGCUGAUGAACAUGCCUGUGGACGAGGACAUGACCGUCCACUUCACCUCCACCCUGAUGUCGCUCAUCCGCACAGCUCUGGACAUCAAAAUAGCUCGAGGUGGUGAGGACCGCAUCGGUCUGGACAGUGAGCUGCAGAAAGAGAUCAGUAUCAUCUGGCCUUAUCUGCCCCAGAAGACCUUGGACCUACUGGUACCUAUCAACAAAGAUACGGACAUGACCGUGGGGAAGAUCUACGCCUCCAUGAUGAUAAUGGACUACUUCAAACAGAACAAAGCCAAGAAGCUCAGGCAACAACUUGAAGCUCAGAAGAGCAGCUUAAUGUUCAAGCGUCUCGAUGCCUCCACCCUCCCCGAGGACAUCCUGUCCAACACCCAGAUGCCGCUGAUGGCCCACAGCGCUGGCUCGGCCCUGACCAGAGGAGGCUUUGUGGCGUUGAGCCCCAUCUCACCCCAGGAACUGUUUUUGCAGCCCAUGAGCUCCGACAAUGAAGCUAGUCAACAGCAGAAUCCGGUGGGCGAGUGCAGUUUGGGGAUUGAAGCCCCACUGGAGCUUCCACUAGGGAGGGGCCUGUGUGUGCGGGCCUCUUCCAUGCCCCGUCUGGCUGUAGAGUUGCAGCAGGCGGAGGUUGCCAGUGGCUCCAUGAAGCGCUCGGUCUCCACCAUCGCAGAUCAGCGGGUGAACGGUCUUUGGCAGGAGGAGAAAAGUCCCGAGCGCAUUUAUCGACCUCGUCACAAAAGCUACAAAGCUGCUGUUUCUCGGUCUGAGCGCGGGGAGCGUGGCCGGUCCAAGGAGCGCUGUCACCUCCUCUCUCCGGACGCCUCUCGUUGCAACUCAGAGGAGAGAAGCUUGCAGCCCUCACGAUCCUCCAGCACAGAGAGAGCACACCCCCAAGAUAAACAGGGCAACAGCUCGGACAGUCCGGUGCCUUCCACCUCAGAGUCCAGCACCCCCAGUGCCCGACGACCUUCAUCACAGACCCCGACCCGCUCUCGCCCUCACAUCUCCUACUCCCCGCUUGUCUGUCGCACGCACCCCUCCGUCGGCGAAGACGAGGACGAGCAGGGCAGCCCAGAGACCGUGAGACGGGGCAAGUCCAGCUGGAAAGCCCAGGAGGGGGAUGAACGCGAAAGGGGCAACGAGUCCCUGCACCCGUCCCCGCCUCGACGCUAUCCCUCUGAGCCAUUCCUCGCCUCCCAAGAGGACGACCACAGCCCAGACCCCUCCGGUCCCAUGGAGACGUUGACCUUUGAGGCGGCUGUGGCCUGCAGCCUGGGACGCGCAAACACCAUCAGCUCAGCUCGCCCGCGCUUGCGGACUGGCUGGCAGGUCCCCAACGGACAUUUUCGAAAGCGCCUGGCGCAGACAACCUCCGUUGCGGGCUGCGAUCCUCUCAGCGACACAGAGGAGGACGACAGGUGCUAGGGACAAGAGGCACAGCAUGAGGGGAGGUGUUGGAGGACUCUGUGUGCAGAGUCAAGGUCAAUGUGACUCUUUUUGCAUCAGUGCUGCGAGGCCACGAGCCCUCCUGAUGUUUGGUAAAAUGUGAACCCAAAUCGAACGAAACAAAAAAGAACAAUACUUCCUGAAACUGUAGUUGCCAAUUCACACAGAACACUGACAAUAACUAAGGUCUAUUUCCUGACUUGUACUUGAUGAUAGAGAGUAAUAAUAACACAUCUCAAAUAGUCGCGGGAUGCAGAAAAUAAAGAAUGGAAUCAAAAUUAUGUCAUUUGUGUCAACAGGUAUUUUCAUUUCUGAAGAUGUUUCUAAAUGAUUCAGUGUUGCUCUUAGCGGUAUUUAUCUGUGGGGUGUGUGAAUAUGUAACUACAUUUUCUUAGAAAAUAAUUGUUUUGUAAAUAACAUUGUGACCAUCAAAUCAUCGCCAUUUUCUCAGACCAGAUCAAUACAGGAAGCCAUCAUGAAGAGGCGAUCUGAUACUUUACCAGACAAUGUGGAUACUUAUAAGUAUCACUCAAUAAUGCUGGAUUUUUUUACAGUAUGAAUGACGGUGCAGGGGGAAAAACUGCCUGAUUUUCCCCGUCAUCUUUCUUUUUGGUAUUGAACAUUAUAAGUUGUGAGAUAUGAAUUCAGUAAUAGAAUAAUAUAGAAAAAGAUGCUUCUUUGUUAUUUCACCCUGCGUUAUUGUUGAACCUCCAACAAACCUCAUACCUUUAAAAUAAUCCUUUGAAACUGUUAUUUUUUUUGCAGUCUACACCCUUUAAAUGAGACUUUUCCGACAAUCACGUUUAAUUUUGAGGAUUGUUGGAUGGUUAAUUUUACAAAGAAAUGAUAUGAAAACAUCACAACCUUUCAUCUAUUCUCACCUAUUUCUUCCUUGUGAAUAUUGUACGAACCGCUGCAGACGAUGACUGUGGAAACUCCUGCAGACGCAAACCAUGACACAUCUGCUUCACAAAUUAACAUUACUCUAUUACUUACUAAUAAUGUACAGAGGAAUUAUGCUGUUUGUAACCUUUAGAGAAAAGAAAUAAUAAAACAGUAUCAGCUGACGAGCUUUAAAGGUAAAGGAAUCUUUGGAGAUGUUCAUUUUAAGGUUUGUGUUUUUGUUUUAUUUGCCUAAAGAAAGGCCGAUUCUGUGAAACUCACUUAACCAAAAACAUGGAGAUUUGUAUCAUAAGUUCCUGGAAUGCAAAUACUUUGUGGGUUUUUAUGUGUACAAUAGCUGUAUAUACAAAUAAAGGUGUCCUCAAAUUGCCACUA